AGCUUCCAAGGCAAACAGUGCACACACUUAAAGCCAUCCUCUGCUGAACAGUUCAAGAAAAUCCGAAAGGAAGAAGACAACAGAAAAAGCUGAUGAACAGAAAUAAAUCGUAGAAAAACAAGAAACACAAAAUCAGUUGGAAAGCGUGAGGAAGAUAAAGUUCGACGGGUAUGUGGAUUCUUGCUUGAGUGAUCUGGUGUCAUGUGGCCUGAGGACAUUCAGACAUUAAAGUCGUGGGAUGGAAGUUGAACUAACUGGAAACUUUAAAUAGUCAAAAGAGAAGUAGCAUGUUAGACUUUUUGGAAGUGAUGGUUGACACAGCUUGAACCAACACCAGUUAGUUACAGCUUGCAACCAAGGAAGCAGAACUUUUUUUUACACAGGAGAGAGAGAUCAGUAAUAGAGCAACCACACUGGACUUCAUCAUGAGGAAAAGGAACCAGUUUGAAGGACAAGUGAAAGAAAGAAAGGAUAGAGGCUGAAGAGAAUAUUAUUAGAUGGGGCAUAUAUUGUUUGUGUUCAGCUGAAAUAAGCAAUAAUCAAGAUGUUUGUGAACUUCCGUCGAAUCCACAAGUGCCAGUGUUUGCAACUGCUGACCACAGGUCUUCUGCUUUGUAUGGUGAUGGUUUACUGGGAAGAGCUGGACCAUGCAGUCAGCCACGUGAGAUCCUUCACUCACCGGUACUUGUUCAACAGCUAUGAUUUUCUCAAUUCUUCUUUUGCUAUCAACUCCAAUCAUCAUUACAGAAAGGGUGGUUCUAACAGGGUAUUUGGUGGAUUUGUGAACUAUUCAUACCUCAUCAACCACCCAGAGAAAUGCAAAGGGGAAAAUGGGAAGAGUUUAAAUGAUGUUUUUCUGCUGUUAUUUGUAAAAUCAUCACCAGAGAACUUUGAGCGGCGCCGAGCCAUCAGGGACACAUGGGGAAACGAGAGCUUUGUUUGGGCAGAACUGGGGGUGAAUAUGAGGUUGGUGUUCGCCAUUGGCAUUCAUCCAUAUGUCGAACAGAGAUAUAAGGUCCAGACUGUACUGCUGAAGGAGGACAAGGUCUAUGGAGAUCUGAUCCAGCAGAACUUUGUAGACACAUUUUAUAACCUGACUACCAAACUGAUCCAGCAGUUCCACUGGAGGCACAUAUAUUGCCCUCAGGCACGCUUCGUCAUGUCUGCGGAUGAUGACAUCUUUGUCCAUAUGCGUAAUUUGGUAAAGUAUUUACAGGAUAUUCUCAGGAGUCAAUCAGGAGCUAAAGACCUAUGGGUGGGGCAUGUCCACAGGGGAUCACCUCCAGUUCGCUAUAAAUACAGUAAAUACCACAUUCCCUAUGAUCUGUAUCCCUGGCCAUCCUACCCAGACUACACUGCUGGAGCAGGGUAUGUGGUUUCAGGGGAUGUAGCUGCUAAAAUUUACCAGGCGACUCUGCUGCUGAACUCCUCUAUGUACAUUGACGAUGUCUUUAUGGGAAUCUGUGCCAAGACCAUGGGGGUCUCUCCCCAGGAGCAUGUUUACUUUUCAGGGGAGGGCAAGGCUCCUUACCACCCCUGCAUUUAUGACCACAUGAUCACAUCACACGAUCAUAUCUCUGACAUGCGCUCACUGUGGCGGUCAGCAACAGAAUCUAGAGAGAACAGCAGCACCAGGGGAAUACUAGGUAACCUUUAUUGCACAGCAGUGAGAGUGAUGCUACUAUGUCUGCCACAUUAUCAGAACACUUACUCCUGUAGUGCUGCUUUUACAUGAAUACUCGUUGUGGGUCUCAAACACUGUUAUAAACAAUGUUACCUAACAGCACUAGUCUGACACAUUUCACCUUUGCCGUUGUGUGCUGUCUUGUAAUGAAAUGAAGAUCUAUUAAGAAAUUAAAUUCAUUCAAAAUUCAUGUCCAGAUGCAUCAGGCUUCAUUGAUGUGCAGCUUCCCUUUGCGUUCCUUUAAUUUUUUUUAUGUUACUUUCCGCAGAAGUUUACUAAAGCACUUAUCAACGAAAUUACUUUUCCCUUUGUCUUCUCCAUAAAUUAGCGGUAGCAAGCAUCAAAAUUGUUGACUUAAGUAGCCUUGGAUUAUUCUUCUGUGUUGGGGCAAUUGAUAGUUUUGCCUUUUAAUUAUUUAUAGAUAAGACAAGGGUAUCAGGAUAACUCUGAAAUUUAAACCCAGACAUGUUAACGAUGCAGCUGCCAAGUGAGAGGAUAACUGGACCAACUUGAUUUUUGUUGGAAAACACUGUUUUUUGUGAUGCUGUGAUUAUUACUUUGAUGCAUAUGUAUAAUAAUUAACUGUCAUAGAGCCAAUCAAGUGUGUCACACAUUAGGGCCUGCCAGAUUGUGCUAAAUUAUGACGAACUUGUGUAAUUCUGCCGUAGCCUGCAUUUUCAGUGUAGCCACGUCAGGACUUCUGCUAAUUUAUAUUUUUGCCUUCUUAACUGCAUUCCUUCGUUCACUCUUAAUAACUUCAUUGCACUCACCUGACUUCCUGUAUAUUGUUAAACUGUGUAUUCUAUAAAUAAGCUCCAGUGAAACUGUAAUGUCUAAAGAUUAAGUUACUUUAAUUUAUUGAUCACUCUGUUUAGGUUAGUCAGCUAGACCCGUGAAGCUUUUCAUGUGUAACUGUCAGAAGCCAAAACAAAUAACCAACCCAUAAUGUAGUUGGACAGAUUUAUGAGCAAGGCUUUGACUUUUGAAUAGCAAUUACCUCAUUUUCUUUCUGAUUUUGUUUUGGAUUUACAAGUGUGAUUACAACAAUUCACCUGUUGAAAUACUUACUUCUGGUUCAAUCUGCAGGUUUCACAAUAUCUCGAAAUCUGCAGAUUGCAUAGUUUUACGGUGUCUGAAAAUUGUUCAGACACCUUUAGAUAGUUGAGCAACACCUAAGCAAAUCAUCGAUCCAACCAUUUUUUAAGCUCUUAUACAAUUUAUAGUUGCUUUAUUUAUUCCAGCUGUCAUUACCCUAAUCUAUCACAGGGUUACCAAAGCAAAACAUUUACCCACAAUCUCACAAUGCCUUUUUUGUAUGUGGAGUAAGUCUAUUUGAUUACAUGCACACUGAAAAAUGAAGCUAAGAUGGUAUGUAAGUAAUGUGACGUCUAAGUGUCCACUCCGAGCAGUAGUAUUUGACACCUCAGGAGUGAGAUUGAAAAAGUCUGCAGUAAACCUGUCUCUGAUAUACUGACCCCAAACUGACUUGUCUGUGCCAAGUACAUUAUUCCAAAAUGCCUAGCCUUUACCUGUGCACUCAAUGCCAAACCUUUCACAUUAAUUUUGGGCAACAAAGGGUGUUUUAGUUUAAGUUAUUUCUGGUUGAAAUUACACAUUGAUGGUUCUAAUCCCAGCCGAAAAAUCUCAUUAUAAUUUCAUGGAUUUCAUAGUGUGAUAAAAGGAGAGACUGCAUUCUUUUCUAUAAUACUGUUUGAUCUUUUUUUAAAUUCUGAAAUUGAAUGCUGUUGUAAUUUUUGUGUGACAUUUCUUUGAAUGUAUCAACUUUGUUAAUAGAAUUUUUGCUUAAAUAAAAAAAAAACAAUAGUUCAGAAUCAGUUUCACAUAGGAUCUACUUAUUAUUUUACUUGAACCUAGAUAAUGUAUCUACUCAUAAGGCGAGCAUAAGUGAGGUGGUAAGAAAUUAAAUAAAAUCCAACACCAACAAAACUUCAUUGUGGACCUUUUACAUCCCAUUACCUGCUCUUUCUUAUUUGACAUGUGUUUGUCUUGCUGUAUCAAAGUUUAAGUUUGCUUAUCUAUUGCCUGAAGAAGGAAAGUUUAAGGUACAUAUUAGUUAACCACAUAGGAACAAUUAUGGUCACAUCAGUUAGGGUUAGUACCACUAGUUUCUUUAUAAGUAAAUCAAUGUUUCAAGAGGUCAAGACACAUAUUGGAUUGAGAAAUGACAUUUUUAAAGAUUGAAAGGAUAUGUGGAUAUAUAUUGUUUGUUAAGUAUUAUGAGGACUUAUCUGGGCGUUAACUGUUUUUCUACCAUGUCAGAAAUACUUGCACUAUCCUUGGGAAGAGUAUAGAACACUGCAUAAAAUUAUGCCAUAAAAUAAACUGCAGCUGUAAAAGAUGUGCUUUUGUUAUAAUCGCCAGAAUACGACAUUAUCCCCCCUUACCUGCGU